UGCCCCGAUUACGUUUCAUUAUCGCGACUAUUUGGUCGGCAGGGUCUGCUAUAUUUUGCCGCUAGGCUUAGACCCUUUUACAUACUGAGAGGAAUUGAUCGAGCAGAGCGCAGAAAGCCAUGUCUGAGAUGGAAGAGUACGCAGGUCUCACAGCCAACGAGGCCAAAGCUCCGAUGGACAACGAUGGUCCCGCUAUUGGGGGAGGAGAGGCGUCGUACACAGCAGCGACUGUACUGCAGAUUGAGGCGAAGCAGACGCCGGUAUCCGUCUACACUUACCAGCCACAGCCCUUGUGGCAGAGCCGCGAUCCUAGCGAGGAUCACCUUCAGCGUCAGGUCGCCGCGGCCUCCGCAGAUCGCAUGUAUGCAAUCAGCAUUGGUUGGUGCAUCGUCUGCUGUCUCUGCGGGUCUCCGCUCACCUUGGCCUGCUUCAUUCCAGCCAUUAUCAUGUCAACGAAGGUGCAUGAAUAUGCAGCUGACGGAGACACCACCAGGGCUCGUAAGGCACUUCUUGCUGCCCGCAUCUUGACUGCCAUUGGCAUUGUGUCUGGGAUCGUGAUUGUGGUGAUUGCAAUCAUCCUCAGGGUGGUCGGAAAUAGUAGCGGCGGGAGUUCCCAAGGCCAAAGCUAACAACAACACAUGAUACUAACUUGCACUGAAACAGUAUAGUUUUAUGAUAGUUUCUGCUGUUUUUGAACUAGCUAGAUAUAACCUCUGUUUUUUCUACCACAAAUUAUGCCAAAACACACCA